AUGUCUUCAAAAUCUGAGGAGGUUAAAAAAUUGGAGCCAAUUUUCACUACAAAUCCAGAUGAAUUGAAGGGAGAGAUUAUUAAUGUUCGAUUGAAAAAAGAUCCCAAAUUUGGCAUUACUAUUUCUGGCAUGGAUGGGACUCGUGCACGAAAUGAAUUUAUUCAAAUUACAGAAGUUGUUUCUGAAAGUCCUGCACAUAUCAACGGUAUUCUACUUGAAGAUAUUAUUGUUUCCAUCAAUAAUAAGGUUGUUUUCCAUUUGUUUUCUUCAACAAAUUUUUUAAAGUCUGUUCUUGGUGCGACGUUGAAAGAUGUUCAUGGAAUUUUGGGCAGUUUUUCUGUCGGUGACGUUGUGAAUUUCCAACUUUGUCGUGGCUAUGCAUUGCAAGAGACAUUGGAGAGUCGGAUUCAAUUAUUACAUAGUGAGUAUUGUGGCCGUCAAGCAUGGCAUUUUUUGUUACUUGAUGAAGAUAUGAAAGAAGCGUUUUUUGAAAAAUUAAAGACGGGUGCAAUGUUUGCCGCAGAUUAUGGAAAAAUUCUAUAUUCAGGAUUCGGUAAAGAUGCUCCACAAGACAUAAAAGAUAUAAUUAAUGAGGAAUAUGGAACUAAUUUUCAAUCUAAAGUACAAAAUAUUCUUGUUGAAGAAGAAAAAAAGUUUUCUGAAAAGACGAACCAAAUGUAUAUAAAAAAUGAAAAUAAGGAGUUUGAAGAGCAAAAACAAUUGUCGGACGUUGAAAUAUUUAUUGCUAAUAUUGGCAAAGUUGUGGCUGGUCUCGUUGAUUUAUUUGUUCAAAAACCGGAACAGGAUAGUCCCCAUCUUGUAGCUGAACGGAAUAUUGUGUCCUCACUCGCUCUUAUGGCUAAACAUGCUGAUUUGGAAGAAAAAAUUAAAAUUGGGGAGACUGGAGUAAUUGAGGUUUUUAUCUAA